AUGAUUCUGGUCUGCAGUACUUCUGGCUCGGACCGAGGUAUACUUUCACCGCCCUUGGUAUACGUGUAUUCUGCCUUCCCCCGCAACAACAGCAAGGCCAGGCAGUGCCAGUACAUAGUUGAACAACUCAAGUAUUCAUACGCCAUGCCUUUGGACACGAUAUAUCUGACCCGUCAUGGGCACCGCCUCAACUGGACCAUUGACUUCCGCACGGGCACAUACAGGUCCCAAUUCCCCACGCCGACAGGGAACCCAGCAGACCCUGCGCUGACCUCGCACGGCGUGCAUCAGUCACACGAGCUCGCGAAACACAUUGUCGACCCUCAAUUCCACCCGAAGCCAUUCCGUGUCUACUCGAGUCCCUUCUACCGCUGCCUUCAAACAAUCCAGCCGUCUGUUGAAGAGCUGAAGAGAAUAUCAGCCGAGUGUGGAAAGAGCCAGCAAAAUGGCGAGCUUGUGUCAAUUGAUCGGCAUGCGGAGUUUGAUGUACGAAUUGAGAAUGGGCUAGGAGAAUGGUUCGGCGCAACAGACUUCUUCGACCACCCGGCCCACCCAACCCCCGAAAUAAUGUCCACCCACUUCCCAACCCUCCUCAGAGAAGCCACCCAAGCCUACAAACCCUUACUCAUCCCCUCAAGACGUGGUGAGACCAUCACCCAACUCCACAACCGCCUGGCAACAGCCCUGGAAGGCAUAAUCGCAGACAUCGACGCAGAAGUCUCCGCCCUGGAAGCAGAUCUACCACUAGACCAAAUAACCAGCAAGUCCGUCCUGAUCUGCGCGCAUGCUGCACCCCUCAUUGCCAUGGGACGGGCUCUUACGGGCUGCAUGCCAGAUGAUAGUUCCGAAGAGGACUUUAAUGUUUUCACGGCUGGGUUGAGUACUUUUAAAAGGAGGGGGGCUUCUUCUACUGCUAGUGCUAGGCAGAGCGAUGAUCAGGACGCAAAUUCGAGCGAGAGGCCGCUUGCUGAGGGUACGACGUUCAUUCGUGCGUCGGGAUCCCCGCCGCAGUGGAGGAAUGGGCGUGGUGUUGGCGGAGGAUGGGAUUGUGUUGCGAAUGGAGAUUGCAGCUUUUUGAGUGGUGGUGCUGAGCGCGGAUGGCACUUUGAUGGCGAAGAAUCCUUCAAUACGGGUCCUAUGGCUCCGUCUUCCGAGCCACCUGCGAAUGUAGAUGUCGCGAAGUUGUGAGUUGAUGAUUGGCGCAAUCAACUGGGACAAUUGCUUGUGGUGAAUAUAACGAGGGUAUCAUUGCAUCUUUCUGAGGUCAUCAAGUACUGGCGACUCGGAAACAAUGACCAGAAACCGGUAAGUUGAGCUAUCACAGGUUGAGUUGUUAUGGCCUAUCACUGCAAUGCUCAACUGAUGCCUCGCAGAAUGGCUCUUGUUCUCAACGAGCUUGUGCUAGCCGUAUAAGAGAAAGGAAACCUAGACUAAAAAUAAGAUUUCUUGCUAGAUGCCUAGGAUUAUAUAUAAUGUACAUAACAGGAGCAUAUAGUCCAAAGCAAUAUGGACAAUUGACUUGAACAAGG